GUCUGGUGUACAACAAGGAGGAUAGGAAUAAUCAAAGUCCAGUUUUGGAUUAUACAAUAGAAAUAAACAAACUACCAGACAGUGAAAGAACUUUCGGUUAUCAGGAGGGGAAUUAUUCAAUUACAGGAUUUCAACUGAGAUUGAACCGACAUUACACGAAAUAUCUAUAUAUAUAUUAUCUACCCUCUGGACUAUUCGUUGUUGUCUCGUGGGUUAGCUUUCUCAUCCCUCCAGAGGUUGUACCUGGGCGCAUGGCCCUGCUGGUCACCUUGUUCCUUGUCCUCAUCAACAUAUUCAACAACACCACCAACGUCUCCCCCAACACCGAGGGGAUGACCGCCAUCUCCUCCUGGAUGCUGGCCUGCAUUUUCUUUGUAUUUGGAGCAUUAAUGUCGUACGCAUUCAUUCUAUAUCUCUUACUCAGACAGAAGGCAGGCAAAAUGAAGAUGAAAUGGGAGGGUUUGAAUAUAAUUUACAAUAAAAACUGUAGAAUACAUCAUCCACCAGAUGUUAAAAAGAGACUAGAAGAGCUAGAAGAAAUAGAGGGCUGGAGAAAGAUGGCCGCCAUUGACUCCAUAUUCCUGUAUCUGUUUCCACUUCUAUUCUUUGUAUUCAACGUAUUCUACUGGCCGUUCUGGACUCUUAUGCCUGGAGAUGACGAAUGAUUGACUUCAGACCAACAUUGUUAUUAUUUGUUUCGAUUGUUAUUUCAAAUCACUAUUUCAGAAUAAAGAUUUAUCCAUGCUUUGAAUAUUGAUAAAUAUCAAAAAGCGUCUUGAAAAAUUAAACUCAAAAGUUUUUAGUUUUAAAAUAGUAUGAAGACACAAAUUAUCUUCUCUAGAAAAAAAC